GUUUUGCUUGUGUCCCGUUAAUAACUUGGAAUUUACAUAAUUUUAUUGUUUCUUUUAAUAAAUUAGACGUGCGAAUCAUAAACUUAGAAAAUAAAGAUUUUCCUUACUAUUAAACUAAGAUUAAGUCCAAAAAUGUCUAAGUUAUUUUGUUGCCUUAUUUUGAUAAGCUUAUCUGGUAACUUAGCAAAAAAAUUUACAGAUGAAGAUAAACCAUCAUGGGCAAAAAAAGAUAUUCGGGAUUUUAGCGAUGCAGACAUGGAACGCCUUUUUGAUCAAUGGGAAGAAGAUGAAGAACCUCUUCCAGAGGACGAGUUGCCUGAGCAUCUCCGCAAGCCCCCUUCAAUAGAUCUUACUAAAAUGGACAUGAGUAAUCCUGAAUCGGUCCUCCAAGCAACAAAGAAAGGGCAGACUGUAAUGAUGUUUGUUUCGGUUGCUAACAAACCAUCAAAAGCACGAACUGAAGAACUUACAAAAAUAUGGCAAACAAGCCUUUGGAGCAACCAUAUACAAGCUGAAAGAUACCUUAUUGAUGAUGACCGAGCCAUAUUCAUGUUUAAAGAUGGGUCACAAGCAUGGACCGCAAAAGAAUACCUGCUGGAACAGGAUGAGCUGAAGGAAGUCCAACUAGAAAGUCAGACAUAUCCUGGGAAAAAUCCUGAUGUGAGAAAUAAAGCUGUCAGAGAUGAAUUGUAAUCUUCUUGGUAAAAUUUUUAUUACACCUUACACAAAUGCUCUUACACAUAACAUUUUUGUGUAU